AUGGAUUAAAUCAAUCAAUCUAGUCUUGAAAAUGAUUAUGGAUUAAGCAAUUAAUGUAUAGAGGAAGAGAAUUAGAAAAUAGAAAUACUAGAAAAUUAAAACAGACUUGGUGUUGAAAAAAAUUUAACUUUUCUUGAAAACUAGAUAGAGAUAGGAAAUAAUAUUCAUAAUUACAAUGUUAUUAUUUAUAUUAUCUAAAGGAACCAGAUUCAGUAUGCUAUUACACUAUCCUUGACACCUAAGAAAAAGAUUAAUUAAUCAUUAUCUUAUUGAUCCAAAAAUAACAACCACUUUAUGUUGAAAUUCACCUAAUAAAAUAAAAAGAAAUCCUUUAAUGUAUAACAAAAUUUUAAACUCAGAUUUCUGUUUUUUCUAUUCUUUAAGAAUAAAAGGGAGAUUUUCUUAAAUAAGUAUUUUUGUAAUUGGCUUAAUUAUCAGUAUGUUCUUUAUAGAAUAUUCAUUCUUUAUCUAUGAAUAAAUCAAUUUUCUUAGAUAAGUAAGAUUUAUAUAAAUUUUGGUCAAUUGAAUGUUUUAUUUAAUACAUGGAAGCUAACUAUCAUUAUUCAGAAAUUUUUUAUAAAAGACAAAAGAAAAGUUUUUAAAAUUAACCUUUUUUGAAUCCAAAAUACUUCACAUACUUUUUGAAGAUAUCAUUUUAAUAGAUAAAUAAUAUGCUGUAUCAUUUAUAACAUGAACUCCAAACUUAAAAGAGUAUACGUAUUAUUCCUUUUUUAAUUCUUCACUAUUAAAACAGUAUUUUUCAAAAUUUAAUGAUUCAAAAAGAAAUAAAAUUAGAAUUUUUUUCUUAAAUUACUUAUAUUGCUACAUAAAAUUUUAAAAUUUACAAGGAUCUUAUCUAAUCAUUUGAUAAUGGUAAUGAAAAAUUCUACUAAUUACUAUUUUAUUGCUUUUUGAAUUAUUAGUUUAAUAGUUUUAUGUCUCUAAAUACUAUUUAAUAAUUUGAGGAGUGUAUCUUGAGAGAUUUGUAAAUGUUUUUCUAAGUCUAGUAUUAAAGAUUUUGUGAAAAUUGCCAACAGAACAAAAAUUAAGCUAACUUAAAUUAAAAAGUAUUUUCAUGUUUCUUAAAACAAAAAAAGUAAUUCAAUGAUUUUAUAGAGAAUUAACAAUUAGGAUAAUUUUUAAUUGAUAAAACGUUUCUUGUAAUUUUAAUCGAUUUAAGUAUGGUGAAUAUAUCAUUAAUUACUGAAAUUAAUUCACCAAUUAAGAAUUAUAAUCAUUUUAGAAAAAACUACAUCAAAAUUAUUAUAAAUAAAUGUCAAUAAUAGCACUUUUCCUAAUUUGACAAAAAAUGCUCUGAACUCAUAAUAUAAAAGAAAUUAAAUAUUUCUAAAAAAAUAAACUUGAAAUCUAAAAUAUUCUAAAUAAGGAAGACAAUGAAUCGAAUUGCAGAAUUAUUUCCAGACAAUUUUUAAGAUAUGAUGUUUUAUAUUAAUUAACCAAAAUAUGGCAUUUUUUAUUAUAAAAAAUUACUUAAUAACCUUAAUAAAUCAAUUGUAUUAAUUAAAAAGAAUAUAAAUUAGAAGAAUUAAAAUGAGGUAAGGAAAAUAAUUUAAUUUUUAAGAAAAAUUAGGAAUUAAAUUAAUUAUAGCCACAUAAAAGGAAAGAAUAAAAUUUAGUAUAGUUUUAAAAAAUCUGACUUAUAGGUUUUCUAAAAAAACAAAAUAAUGUAGUAAUUUAUUGAAGAAAAGAUUGAAGAUGAAAUUGAAACUAUCAAUUUAUUAGAAAAAGAUUUAAAAGUGAAAAGUUAAUGUAUCAAGUUAUUGAGAUAACUAAAAUAGGAUGGCUAUUGA